AGAAAGUAAUCUAGAGUGGCAAGCAGGCGACUGCGCCCAGUCAUGGCGGACCAGAGAAAUCAGAACCGACGACACACUCAGCAGGAGAGCCAGGUGAGAGCAUCGACCAUUUUGAGUCUUAACUGGUUAUUGCACGAAAAAAAGUACUUUACGGAACAAACAAAAAACUGCGACAGUAAACAAGAUUAGCCUUAAAAUCGAGUCUCCGACCAUAAAAGGGGGAAAAGAGUCAUGUGAGUGGGGUGUCAGAAUGGAUGAAGAGCAUCGUCGGGAUGAAAGCAACAAAAACGUAGUCAAAGGCCUCUCAGAAUUGUUUUGGUUUCAAAUGGCGCGAUCAUAGAACUCCAGCUGAGCCCUUGUUUACUUACGAUAUGUUUUUUUGCUCUCGAUUUUUGUACAUCGGAAGAACGGAAGAACAACAAAGUCGGAUUGGUUGGAUCAAGUGUUUGUGUCUCUAAUACCUUUGUUAUCCGUAAAAUAUGUGACUGAGACAGUACGGGUGACAACAAAUUGGCCGAGAUCAAUCAAAGUCCUCUAAAUCUCAUUACUCGGAACAUCUGACAGAAAGAUGUAUUCAAUAGACUCUAUUGAGGAGCUUUGAAUUUGGCCUUCCACACAUCAAAGGCAUCAGUGCUGAGAUUAAUUUUUGUUUGGAAUCGCUAUUCUUUGGGAGAAAAACUAGAAAUGUGGUCAGUGAAUGUGGGGCGAGGUUAAGGAGAGCGGCCAAUGCUGCUUGUUUUGAGCUGCCCCCCUACCAGGCGGCACAUGAGCCUGUCGAUAUGGCAGUUUGAUGUCAGUCAGAAAAGAAGAACCCCCACAACAAUCGCAGAGGGGGCCGGGACGGAGAGACAAGAACAGAGUAAGAGAGGGGAGAAAGGAAAGAACCAUCGACAGAUGAACUCAGUUGUGAUUAAAGAUGGCGGCUCUGCAUACCGCAGACUGCGCAGCGCGGGACGUGAUCCACAGCAAGACAAUCGGAGCCGUCUGCAUUUCAGCAGAACAAAAACAAGCAUCGCGUAACAAGAACCGAAUGGAUAAAAAAUACAUCCUGGAAUGGCAAGAUUCCCCAUGGGCAGGCACCUUCAUUUUGCUAGUAUUGAGAGAGAUGUUGUCUUUACUGGCACCUGAUUUAUCCAAUGAGAUUGCAAUGGGAGCCUCAGCAAAUGGGUGUCAAAUUGGAGGAGAGAAAUCCGUUAAACAAUGGAGUAACGUUUUACUGAAGGAGAAAUUCUUUCACGGUGGCAUAAGUAGAGGGGUGGAUCUGAUCGUUCUGCACUGUGGGCUGUACUGGGACGGGGUGUAUGGACGCUGUGAACAUGAGCGUGGGCGACAAGUUGGGGGGUUACCUGGUGGAUCUGGGGGGCAGCUUCACUGAGGAUGCCCCCAGACCCCCGGUCCCUGGGGAGGAAGGAGAGCUGGUGUCCAGCGAUGGACGGCCCUACAGCCACGGCUUCUAUUCUUUCAAGAGCCUCAAGAACGAGGCCUCCACGGCCACGCCAAGACGACCUGACCUGGACCUGGGCUAUGAGCCGGAGGGCAGUGCCUCCCCCACGCCGCCCUACCUUAAGUGGGCAGAGUCCCUGCACUCUCUCCUGGACGACCAGGAUGGUAUCCACCUGUUCAGGACGUUCCUCAAGCAGGAGGAAUGUGCCGACAUGUUGGACUUCUGGUUCGCCUGCACUGGCUUCCGGAAGCUCGAGGCCAACGAGGGCCAGGGCGAGGAGAAGAAGCUGAAACUGGCGAAAGCCAUUUAUAAAAAGUACAUCCUGGACAACAAUGGAAUAGUCUCGAGACAGAUCAAACCGGCCACCAAGAGCUUCAUCAAGGACUGUGUGAUGAGGCUGCACAUUGACCCGGCCAUGUUUGACCAGGCUCAGACUGAGAUUCAAACUAUGAUGGAGGAGAACACCUACCCGCUGUUCCUCAAGUCAGAUAUCUAUCUGGAAUACACCAGGACUGGGGGGGAGAGCCCUAAGCUCUACAGCGACCAGAGCUCUGUCUCUGGGGGUGGGAAGGUUUUACCAGGGUAUUUGCCCACGCUGAACGAGGACGAGGAGUGGAGAUGUGACCACGAGUUGGAGGAGCAGCAGGAGAGUGAUCCCACUCCCAGCAACCGGCUCACUCAGAAGCUGCUUCAGGAGACAGCUUCCCAACGCGUCACCAGCACCAAGAGAUUCCAGGACAGUCACGAGUACAGACGCGUGCCGUGGCGGGAGCCUGUCAACCCGUACUAUGUCAACUCGGGCUACGCCAUGGCCCCUGCCACCAGCGCCAACGACAGCGAGCAGCAGAGCAUGUCCAGUGCCAGCGACGUAGACACACUUUCCCUGACCGACAGCAGUGUAGAUGGGGUACCACCAUACAAAUAUCGCAAACAGCAUCGACGAGAGAUGCACGAAAGUGCCAAAGCAAAUGGCCGUGUGCCACUACCUCAUAUUCCUCGCACCAACCGGAUACCAAAGGACAUUCACGUGGAGCCGGAGAAGUUUGCGGCGGAUCUGAUCAGCCGGCUGGAGGGAGUGCUGAGGGAGAGGGAGGCCCAGGAGAAACUGGAGGAGCGGCUGAAGAGAGUCCGACUGGAGGAAGAGGGUGAGGAUGCAGACAUCUCCACAUCCACCUCGUUCUCCAGUCACAGACUGCCCCCUGGUGCCCACCCACAGCACUACAACAACCCCCGCUACUCUGACAUCGGCUACAACGGCCUGGCGCUGCGUCCUGACGCCCACGAGGAGAACCCCGAGAGCAUCCUGGACGACCACGUCCAGCGAGUCAUGAAGACCCCCGGCUGCCAGUCCCCGGGCACCGGCCGCCACUCUCCCAAGUCCCGCUCACCCGACGGCUUCCCUGCAGGUGGCAAGGUGCCCGGAUCUGGGAUGCCACUGCCCACAGGCCCGGGCAAACACCCAGCUCGGCAGGGGCCCAAGGGGGAAGCUGCCAGCCAGCAAUACCACCACAAACACGUGCACCACAUCCACCACCCGGCCGGAGGGAAGCCCAAAGAGCAGGUGGAGGCUGACACAGCCACGAGGGUCAAUGGUAACUUCCACUGGGGGAUGGAGCAGCACAACUAUGGGUCCAAGUCUCGCAACUAUGCUGACGGCAUGGGCCCCAGCCCGAUGGAUCCUAUGGGCUACAGUAGCAAAGGUAGCACGCUAUCGAAGCGGCCGUUUAAGAAGGCUGAGGAGGUGCGGACCUUUGAGGUGCCCGUGCCUCCGGAGGACGUGGAGAGGAACCAGAAGAUCCUCCAGUGGAUGAUGGAGGGAGAGGCGGUCCGUAACAAGAAGAGCCCCUACGGGUGCACCACAGGGUCCAAGAAGACCCCGUCGAGCCACGAAGUGUCGCGGCCCAGCUCUGUGGAGCGUCCCGGGGCAGUGCAUCCGUGGGUCAGCGCCCAGCUGCGGAACAAUGUGCAGCCCUCACACCCCUUCAUCCAGGACCCCACCAUGCCCCCCAACCCGGCCCCCAAUCCCCUCACCCAGCUGGAGGAGGCUAGGAGGAGACUGGAGGAGGAGAAGAAGAAGACGGGGACCUUACAGACCAAACAGAGACAUAAAGUGACGAAGAAGCCCGCCUGUGAGAACAUUACGGUGGCCUACUACUUCUGUGGGGAGCCCAUCCCGUACAGGACGUCGGUCAAAGGUCGCAUGGUCAUGCUGGGCCAGUUCAAAGAGCUGCUGACUAAGAAAGGAAGCUACAGGUAUUUUUUCAAGAAGGUAAGCAAUGACUUUGGGGUGGUGUUUGAAGAGGUACGCGAAGAUGACGCCGUCCUGCCCAUCUUUGAGGAGAAGAUCAUUGGGAAAGUGGAAAAGAUUGAUUGACAUGGAGGUGGAGAGGAAGGAGACGUUCACAAAGUCGGCCUGCGAUGGAGCGAUCGACGGAUGAGCUGUUCACUUGAGAGAGACAGAGAGAAAGUGUUUGACUAGAGGGAGGAUUGGCAGGGGCAGAAAAUGUACGGAGUAAGUCGCUACAGGAGGGAAUGGAUGAAGGGAUGAGAGAAUGAAGAGACGAGUGCAUAGUGGUCACUGUGGUAGACCCUUAUGACUCCAAGGCUUUCAUAUCUGCUCAGUGCCACUGCAUUGUGCAGGCAGAGUAGGAAAGCAUUGGACAAAACAAAAGAAAGCCGACAUUCUCUCCUUCCGUGUCUUUCUGAGUGUAAUGUAAUGUAGCAUUGUACAAUUUUGACUAGAAGAGAAAUGCUAUGAAUCUGCUUACUAAAGCAGCAUAUUAUUUUUGAUAUGACGUAUCAGAAGGUAUCCUUUCUAAUGUAAGCGUGUCAUUUUUCUAUGUGUUGGUACCAGAUGUGUACAGAUUGUCUGUCUGUUUUUAAAACAUAACGAUAAAGUUUUAUAUUAUCUAUUUAAAUAUUUGAAAAAGCGGUCGUUUUAAUCCUAUUAAAACAGUGGCGCUGUUCCAAUUCGACGAGAUCCAAGUGUUUUGACACAGGCUGUUUUUCAAGUAUUGUAGGAACUACUACACAGCCCCAUGUUCUACCAAGUGCUUUUAACAGGAACACUCAACCUUGCCAGUCCUCUAAAGUUAAGUGGCAUUGAGUUGUCGUGCUGCACUUAUCACUGUAUUAUGCGUUAGUGUCAAUGGCGCAAAAUGAAAAAGGAAUGCCGCCUUGAGGUUGCCCUUAACUGAUUCUGCCUUCAUGUUUUGCGUUUUUUCAAUUAGGAAGGGACAUCUCCAGCAGUAGCUCGAUCUGUGUCCAAUGUACUGUACUGGUCUCUUAACUUUCCCCAUGCACAUUAAAUAUAUUAUUAUUCCCAUACCUGCAGACAUCUGCCAACUUAAAUUGAUCCCCACUAUGUUCAGUAACUUAGAUUUGUGCUACAUUUCGGUCUUAAUUGUAGCAGAUCUGGGCAGAAAAUAACGUCUUUGAUCAGUGAUAAUCGCAACCAGUUGUGUACAUGCUACUGACAGUUCAGAUCCAGAUUCUAUUUACAGCCUAGAGCUUUUGUUAGGCAUUUAAGACCAGGGUCCAUAGUAAAAGUCUCCUGAAGGUUCAUACACGGGUGUCUGUGUAGAGAAAGGGUCUGUGGGCGGAAGUUUGUCACCAAGUAACUACCGCACUCAAUAGAGUGUUGAUCGUCUAAUGUGUGUUCACAUGCAUUCAGAAAGGCUCCUGACCCCAUGGUUUCACACUGGACAAUGAAAGGACAUAGUAUAUGCUUACCUAGUAAAUAUAUCACAAACACAGCUGAAUAAUGACUUGUAGCCUUUCAUAGCUCUAUAGAGCUAAAUUUGGUGCCUGGCAGAAAUUGUCUCUAGAAAUAACUUUAGUAUGAAGUGAUCUACUUUUUUUUGAUGGGUCACAAUAUACCAAAGAGAACAGUAGAAGUUGAUAUGUUUGUCAUCCCCUUUUCUCUUCUUUAUUUACCCUCAUUCACAUGGGUACUCUUUGAUUAUUCUCCAAAUCCCUGUGUUGAAGUGGAAUUCUCUUGUACAAUUUUCUAGGGCAGGGCUCUCCAACCCUGUUCCUGGAGAGCUACCCUCCAUGUAGGUUUCCACUCCAACCCCAGCUGUAGCUAACCUGAUUCAGCUCAUCAAAUCAGCAAAUGACUACAAUGGUUUGCGCUAGAUUAGGGUCGGAGGGAACCUGCAGGACGGUAGCUGUCCAGGAACAGGGUUGGAGAGCCCUGUUCUAUGGCGUUGUGCCGAGGGUCAGUGCAAGGUGGAAUGCGCUAACCGUUGUGAUUAGGAUGGUAAGGACCUUUUUCAUCAGAGUGCUGUAUUGCUGGGUGUUGUUCUGUAUCAACACCACGUAUAAGAGGACGAUCUCCUUUUCUGAGAUGCUGUUUUUGUAUUUAUUUAGAUGGAUAUUUUUAAAGAAUCUGUAUAAAGUUAACAUGCGUAGUGGACAACCCUCUAUUGCUCCUGUUUAAAGAUUUGAAUAACCGUACUUUAUGUUUUUUUAUAACGAGAGGCAUUUACUCCAUGAUCUUUGACAAUAUUGGUACUCAGCCAUCAUCUGUCACACUACAAUGUAGAAUUUGGCUCUCUGUUAUGAUUAUCAUUAGAUGUUCACUGUCUGUAUGUAUUACCAAUGGAGGGCAGUGAUUCUUACUGUGAAAGCCCCAAAGUGAACUUCCCCCCACUUAUGGUCAAUGAAAUGUAUAUAACGACCAUCACAGAGUGCCUUUUAUUGCCAUCCUCUCAUGACAUCCGCUGUGUGAUUCUCAAGUGUUACCAAGACCUUGCUUUUAUAUUUUUAUUUAGCGUCUUACAAACCAUGUUCUGUUCAACUGUUUCCUAUGUCACAUCUCACUUUGGAUAGAAACGUUUUGUGUAAAUAUGUAAAAAAACAUUGUACAUGUCAUCAACCAGCAAUUCACUUAGGAGAUAUUCAAUACCCCGGACCUGUUUCUUUGUGCUGAGUUGUGCGGUUAUCAUUUAAAGGUACUUCAACAAUGAAUACAUGUAAUAAACCUGAACUCCUCCAUUA